AGAAGCACCAUUGUUUUAAUUUACAAUUGUGACAAUUCGGCCGGGGAUGCUUGACUGCCCCCGUUUCCCCCCUGGGAAAGUUCCCCGUGGAAAUGGGAGCUAUAAAAUAUGACCAGGCAAUUGUCAAGGCUUUUAGUUGAACUUGAAGCGUUUUGGCAACAUGUUCCGCAUUUUCCCGCUGCUCUGUCUGCUGCUCUUCUCGGCUGUCCGCUCGGAAAACUGCGCCCAGGAUGCGAGUGCCACCCUGUAUUGUCGUGGGGAACGGGCCCUGCGGAAUGUCCUGCGUAAUUUAAAUCGCAGUGAAAAGCCCCUAGUGGUAGUCAGGGGCCUCGAAAUAGUUCCCCUUCAGAACAACUCGCUCUUUGAGGAGGAACAGGAUCAGGACCAGAGCCUGCUGGAUAGUCUGUCCUUCUACCUGCGCACCCACGAGAUUAAUGUGAAGCUGGCCGAUCUACUAGAGGAUGAGGCGCAAGUUUCAGAGGCCCGCAAAAAGGACAAAGGCCAGGGCAUGCUGCUGGCAAUGGCGCUAAUGUUCGGCAAAAUGAUGGCCGUGAUGGGCUUGGGCGGAAUAGCGGCCCUGGCCAUGAAGGCGCUGGGCGUCUCCCUGGUGGCCCUGAUGAUGGCCGGGAUGCUGGGCCUGAAGACUGCCGCCCAGCACGGUGGGGAGACCAGUCACAGCAUUUCCUAUGUGACCGGCGAGGGACAUGGACACCACCACAAGCGGAGGCGCCGCUCGACGGGUCAACAACCCCUGGCCUACAGGGGCUGGAACUGAAGGACCGCGGUUGUCGACUUCAUUUUGUUAGUUCUUGUGUAGCUCUUAAGUAAUUUAAUAAUUUAUCCA